UACACGUUAUCAAAUAUCAAAAGGUCUGAAUAGAAGGAUGUGGAGCUCUCGGGUCCCACGCCGCAUGCGAGCGGCCCACCCAAGCCUAUUCACUCCCAAGACCUUCUUCUUCUCCCCUUUGUUGAAAGAGUACGGAAACGAGUGGGCUGAAUGCUUCGGUUUGAAAGCGGCUGCUGUCUACUCAGCCAUCUGUGGAAGAGAUGCUGAUGAGCUUCUUGUAGCUGAGAAGUUUUUAAAAUGCAUUGCUUUCUACUGUCUUAAUCCUGUGAAUAAAGAUGCCCCAAAACAGGAAUCAGAUAAACAAAAACAAGCAGCACCACCGGUUGCAGCUGAACCAUCCGGAGAUGUACCAUUAAGACAAACCGUGCCAGCUGAACCUGAGGCAGUCUCCAUCGCUACUCAGCUGGUAGAUAAACGUCCCACAAAAUUACUGCCCAUUAAGAUCAAAGAAACAUGCGAUGCCGUAUAUAUUGUAGUGGCUUUCCUCAGAAACUUCAAGCAAUGGGCUGAAGAAGACAGAGAGAAAAUAGACGGCUACAUCAUAUGGGAGCAUGGCCCCCACCUGGUCUCAGACAUGGCCAUCCUAGAUAACCAGCUCCUACUGAACCAAACCAUCAAUGUGGUCCAAAAUCUCGAUCAGGCAGUGAUUGAAACUUUACGUUUCAUGUUGAAAGACACACACAGUCCAUCUCCUUCCGUUGGUUAUUUGAAGGUUCCCUUCAAUAGAGAGGACUUCCAUGAAGUGGUAGCUCUUUUUUGCUGGUAUUUCUCCCCCUUCUUUGCCGAGAAGAAGUUGCAUGGUCGCAUUGCCAAGGAAUUAAAUACCAAAAGUACCCUUCUUGAGUGCUUGCACUACAGCCUAGUGAGGCCCACCAAAGAUGAUCAGGUGGUUGUGACCGCUAAGCUAGCAUGGCCCAUUCCGACGGCUAAGAAGCUCGCGCAGUCCGGCGUGCAGUUUGAGGCAGACCCAGAUGGAGCCAUUCAAGUCCAAUUCACUAAGCCCGUGUUCAAACUGCCUGGGUUGGUGUUCGAUACUAAGAUGGAGACAGUGGUCAGUAAUCUGAUAGCACUGGAGAACUCAAAGCCAAAGAGGCCGUUGACUCGGUACUUCCAGCUCAUGAACGAGCUGGUUGAUGACGUAGAGGAUGUUAGGGUGUUGAAGAGGUUUGGGGUUGUGAGGGGAAGGUGGAAGAAGGAAGAUGUGGUAGAUUUUGUGAAGAAGAUGGGUAACUUAGCGUCCUGUCCGUCCAUGUACCCGGCCAUGGAUGAUGAGAUUUGUAAGAUGAAGGAGUGGCAUGAUGAGAGGAUGAGGAAGGCUUUGGAGUGGACCUCAGCUCUGGCUGCUGCCAUUAUUGUUGUAACCGUUAUAUUUGUCGUCAAAGGAAGGGCUUGAGUUCAGCUUUUCUUAAAUAAAUGUUAUUUGAAAAA